CCUCAGUGAUUACGUACAGUGCGUAUCCCUGUGGGUAUGGGGCCCCCUCUGGAGCUGUCCUGAUGGGUUUGGGGCCUUGUUUAAAUUUUCCAUUAUUAUGUGGAGUACCGGAGCGACAGCGCAGUCCAAGAUCUUGCAGGUUUGUGAUGAGGAAGGAUCGGGGCAGGUCGCCACUCUCUGUUCUGCUCAGAAUUGACCUUUUGCAAGCGCUGCGUCCAAACAAGGAUUUUUAAAUAUAAAGAUGUGUAUGUAAAAUUAUAGAAAGACCCCCUCUCCCCCCAGGAGGAGUUUCAAGAAUGCAGCAAAAGUAUUAUAAGCUUCCAAUAUAUUUUUUAUUUUAUAUACGCUUGAUUUUUAUCCCCUGCAUUUUAUUUUUUUAAAAAGAAAAAAACAAUUGCGGGUGGACUGUAGUGAUCUUAAGUCUUUGAAGAUUUAAUUCUUUAUUGCAAGAAAAGAACGGAUUUUACUGGAUGCUGCCGUUUUUUUGGAGUGCGUUGAUCUGAUUAUUUUUAAUUCUAUGGGAGAGAGAUAAAGAGAGAGAGAGAGAGAGGGGCAGCAACAUUUUCAGUGGGCGGCCGAGCGCUGGGGAACGUAUCAAGGGGGCUUUUAAUAAGAGAGGCGAGGACAAAAAAAAAGCCCCAUACCGAAGUCUUGAAGAGGGUAUUUCUUUUACGCUUAGGAUGUCUCGCCGCAAGCAAGCUAAGCCAAGAUCACUGAGAGUAGAAGAAAAUGAUUCUGAAGACCUACGGCAGACCGUGGGACAGACGAGUGGGCAAAGUGACGGCCCAGAUGUGGAGGAUGACCCCUCGUGCUCGUGGCCCCCCUCCUCCCCGUCCAGCAAGGACCAGGGCUCGCCGAACCACGGUGAGGGUCUGGAGGUGGGCGAGGAAGAGGGCGGCGCCGGGCUGCCCUACCCCUGCCAGUUCUGCGACAAGUCCUUCAGCCGGCUGGGCUUCCUGAAACAUCACGAGCAGACGCACGGGGACAAGCUGCCUUUCCGCUGCACCUUCUGCAGCCGCCUCUUCAAGCACAAGCGCAGCCGCGACCGUCACCUCAAGCUCCACACUGGGGACAAGAAGUACCACUGCAGCGAGUGCGAGGCCGCCUUCUCCCGCAGCGACCACCUCAAGAUCCACCUCAAGACCCACGCCUCCAGCAAGCCGUACCGCUGCCCCGUCUGCCGUCGCGGCUUCCUCACCCCCAGCUCCCUCAGUGGCCACAUGCAGGUUCACGAGAAGCCCCGGGGCGGGUCUUCCCCUCCCCCCUCCGCUCCCUCCUCCACCUCCUCUUCCUCCUCCUGCUCCGCCGCCGCCCUCUCCAGGCUGGACGGCUGCUGGAGGCCGCCGGAGAGCCGGAAGUGCAGCCGGUGCGAGGAGGGCUUCGACCUGCCCGAGGAGCUGCAGCGGCACAUCGGGGAAUGCCACCCUGAGCGCUCGCCCUCCGAGGAGGACGGCGGGGUCGGGAGCGUGGUCCUGGCCCCCGCGCCUGGCUCCGGCCCCGCCCUCCAGUGCGCCUGCUGCUCCGAGCCCUUCGCCGAGGAGGGGGCGCUGCUGGCCCACGCCGGCCGCGCCCACUGCCGCGACCAGCCGCCGCGCUGCGGCCUCUGUGCCCAGCGCCUCCUCUCCGCCGAGGAGCUGCGGGCCCACCUGGACGCCCACCGGCGGGCGGAGGCCGCCGGCAGCCGCAGCCCCUCAGUGGUGACCCUGGGCUAUGCCUCCGUCUCCAGCACCACGCCCGACUCCAAUCUGUCGGCCGACAGCUGCUCCGCCGUGCCCGACGGGGGCAACCCCGCUCCCCAGCCUCAGCCCCAGCCGCUACUGCUGCUGCCCAGGCAGCGGAGCAGGAAGAGGGGGUCGCAGUCAGCGCCAGAAGGGGCGGGCCCCCUCCUCAAGCGGCCGCGGGAGAGCUACAGCUGCGCACACUGCGCCCAGCGGGCCUUCAGCAGCCUGCCCGUCCUGCAGGCCCACCUGAAGGCUGCACACCUGGACCAGCCUGAGCAGCUGCACCCCUGCCAGCUCUGCCUGGAGAGCCUGCCCUCCCUCCUCAACCUGCAUGAGCACCUGCGACAGGCCCACGGUGGUGAGGCGGAGCAGGCCCUCCCUCCGGCGCCGGCCGCCAUCGCCACUGCCGGUGGGGGUGGCUCCUCCUCACCCUCCCCUUUCCCCUGCAACUUCUGCUCGGAGGCACCGGCCGAUCUGAACAGCCUGCAGGAACACAUCCGCCGCUGCCAUAGCCUGGCCACCGGACAGCCCCCUUCCAAGGGCAGCAACGCCUUCUUCUGUCCCCACUGCCUGAUGGGCUUCCUGACGGAGGCCUCGCUGGAGGAUCACGCCCGGCGUUCCCACUCCCAGACCACGCCGGCCCCCAGCCUCGACUCGCCCUCACUCCUCGCCACCACCGCGCCCCACCAGGAGCCUCUGCUGGAGGUCUACUCCUGCCCCUACUGCACCAACUCGCCCGUGUUCAGCAGCGUGCCCCGGCUCAACAAGCACGUGAAGGAGAACCACAAGAACGUGCCGUUGGCCCUGGCCUACGACAACGGUAGCCGCAGAUCGAGCCCUGCCUCACCCGAGCAGGGGGGCCCCAUCAAGGCAGGCCAGGGGGGGUCCCAGCUCCCGGGUGAGUACACCUGCAGCCAGUGCGGCGCCAAGUUCGCAUCGCCAGAUGGCUUCCAGGCGCACCUGAAGACGCACCUGGGCACCGUCCAGAGGAAGCUAGCCUGCCCGCAGUGCAGCAAGGAGCUGCCGUCCCACGAGGCGCUCCUCAAGCACGUUACCGUCCACUUCACGGUCACCUCCACCUACUACAUCUGCGAGAGCUGCGACAAGCAGUUCACCUCCGUCGACGACCUGCAGAAGCACCUGCUGGACAUGCACACCUUCAUCUUCUUCCGCUGCACCCUGUGCCAGGAGAUCUUCGACUCCAAGGUCUCGGUCCAGCUGCACCUGGCUGUCAAGCACAGCAACGAGAAGAAGGUGUACCGCUGCACCUCCUGCAACUGGGACUUUGCGGGCGAGGCGGAACUGCAGCUGCACGUCAAGCUGAACCACCUGGAGCACCGCGGCAAGGUUCACCGCUGCAUCUUCUGUGGCGAGGUCUUCGGCACGGAGGUGGAGCUGCAGUGCCACGUCACCAGCCACAGCAAGAAGUACAACUGCAAGUUCUGCAGCAAGGCCUUCCACGCCAUUAUCCUGCUGGAGAAGCACCUGCGCGAGAAGCACUGCGUCUUCGAGGGCCGGGGGCCGGCCUGCGCCGCCAACGGGGCCUCCGAGCCGCUGCACAAGGAGGACGAGGAGGCAGCGGCGACAGCAGCUGAGCUGCAGACCAUCCUGGCCAACCACCGGGAGGCCCAGAGCAGCCGGGACGGCAGCGAGGAGGACCUGGACGGGGCGGAGACCAUGUACGCCUGCGACAUCUGCGGGGCGGCCUACACCAUGGAGUCGCUCCUGCAGAACCACCAGCUCCGGGACCACAACAUCCGGCCCGGAGAGAGCGCCAUGGUCCGGCAGAAGGCCGAGCUGAUCAAGGGCAGCCACAAGUGCGACGUCUGCUCCCGGACCUUCUUCUCAGAGGGUGGGCUGAGGGAGCACGCCCAGACCCACCUGGGCCCGGUCAAGCACUACAUGUGCCCCAUCUGCGGCGAGCGAUUCCCCUCCCUCCUCACCCUCACCGAGCACAAGGUGACGCACAGCAAGAGCCUGGACACCGGCACCUGCCGCAUCUGCAAGAUGCCACUGCAGUCGGAGGAGCAGUUCCUGGAGCACUGCCAGAUGCACCCUGACCUCAGGAACUCCCUGACCGGUUUCCGGUGCGUGGUCUGCAUGCAGACCGUCACCUCCACACUGGAGCUGAAGAUCCACGGGACCUUCCACAUGCAGAAGACGGGCGGCGCCCCGGGGGGGCAGCAGGCCCAGCGGGGGCAGCCCCUGCCCAAGCUUUACAAGUGUGCCUCUUGCCUACAGGAGUUCCGCUGCAAGCAGGACCUGGUGAAGCUGGAUAUCAAUGGGCUACCCUACGGACUGUGCGCCUCCUGUGUGGGUGGCGGCGGCGGCGGGGGAGGCGGGAAGCGGACCAGCACCCCUCCCGCCGGCCCCGAGGGGGGGCUGCCCCAGAGCCGCUGCAUCAACUGCAACGUGAAGUUCGAGAGCGAGGGCGAGCUGAGGAGCCACACCCUGUCCGCCCACCCUGAGCCGGCACCCGACGGCCCCAGGCGCCCCAAGACACCCCAGGUCUCUCCCCUGUCCAAGGUCAGCCCGCCGCAGCCGGAAGAGAAGAAGACGUACCAAUGCAUCAAGUGUCAGAUGAUCUUUCAAUGCGAGUGGGACAUCCAGGUUCACGUGGCCAAUCAUAUGUUGGGAGGGGAGAGGCCAGGAUUGGUUCUACAGCGUGGGAUGGAAGGGGAAACUCGCAGUCCGAGACCAUAUAAAGAGGAAGGCCUGAGUCACGAGUGCAAGCUAUGCAGCCAGACCUUUGACUCUCCAGCCAAGCUCCAGUGUCACCUCAUUGAACACAGCUUCGAAGGCAUGGGGGGCACCUUUAAAUGCCCCGUCUGCUUCACAGCCUUUGUCCAGGCAAACAAGUUACAGCAACACAUCUUCUCCGCCCACGGACAAGAAGACAAGAUCUACGACUGCUCACAGUGCCCACAGAAAUUCUUCUUCCAAACAGAGUUGCAGAACCACGCAAUGACACAGCACAGCAGUUAAUGUCAAGACUUGGCAUCGUGCUCUAGGAAGAAUGCAUUACCGAGAGUGGACAACUUCCUUGUCCCUUUUACGAGGAAGCUUUCAAAGACGGACAUUUCUGGAGAGA